AUGGCAGCAGGAUGCAAGGCAUUCGCAGCAUCUUAUCGUGCUCCUCUUGUCGUCAGAGAAAGUAAGUCUGUCCUCGAGGCUGAUAGCAUUCUGUUCUUAUCUCAGCGCCCUGUCAGACUAAAGUGUGAUCGGAGCCAGCCAUGCGGCAACUGUGUCACAAGGAAUGUCCCUUGCGUGUAUCCUUCCCGGCCUCGAGAUCAGAGUAGCUCCGUUAGGGAAGGCGGCAGAAGCAAUCUGGAUGCGCGGCUACUACGCCUAGAGCAGCUCGUUGGCAACAUCGCGGCACAGCGACAGGCUCUAGAAACGAGGUCGACGAAAGACGAAUCAAAUACCGAUGGCAGUUCUACGAGCCCUGCGGUACAGGAACCACUGAAGGUCGAGCCCGCGCUUAUGCCUGGACGGAUGAUGGGCAAUAACAGUCAAACAGUCUACGUCUCGGCUGUUCACUGGGCAACCAUCUGCGAUGAGAUUGUGAAAGUCCGCGAGUCAAUUGAACAUGACCCUUCAACGGUACAUCUUGGCCCAUCCAAACCAGGCCGAGGGGAUGGCCCAUUACUGCUACAAGAUACCGGGCUGCCAUGUGAGGUCGAGGACAUAUUGUCUGACAUUCCACCUCGAGACAUCUGUGACCGAUUGGUGUCGCGUUGUUUCGCUUCCGCAGAACAUUGGAUUGGUAAUUGUGUCCCGACCUAUUAUACUCGGUUCUGGCUUGACCCUUCAGAAACUCCUUUGACUUGGAUAGGAAUGCUUUUUGGGAUUCUAUCUGCUGGAACCUUUCUUUAUGCGAGGUCCGAAGAUGAACUGCCUCCGGGAUUAGGACAUGCAGUAGCCGCAAUGCAGGCUUUUCACCGACGUUCGACGGACUGCCUCAUAAUGUCAGACUACUCCACCACACCGGGCAACUUUACCAUGGAGGCACUCCUCUUCAAUAUCCAGGGAGAGUAUGUGCUGCGCCCAAAGGUUCAGGUUGGGGUAUGGAUCCUGUCAAGCAUUGCUACUCGUCUGGCCAUGAGAAUGGGAUACCACAGAGAUCCUGAACGGUAUCCGCAAAUCUCCCCUUUCCACGGUGAGAUGCGACGCCGGGUGUGGGCAACCAUUUCGCAGCUUGAUACGCUCACUUCCUAUCAGCUGGGUUUGCCUUCAAUAAUACAGGAGUCGCAGUGCGACACGAAGCUACCGGGCAACUACGUCGAUGAAGACCUGGAUCCCGACGCCGCUUCACUUCCACGGCCGCGGUCGGAGAGAGAGCUGACGCCAGUGCUGUACACCAUAGCGAAAGGGCGUCUCCUUUCUGUGUUCAGAUCGUUUUUCAAUCGCGUUUCCACCGUUGGACUGACAACAUAUCAAGAUGUCAUGGCUCUCGAUCAGAGCUUGAAUGCCGCGCACGACCUCGUCCCUCCGCGCUUACGCCUUGCCAAACUCGAGGACUCGAUCACCGUAUCUUCGAAUAUCCUAAUUCGGCGGUACAAUCUCGAACUCGUGUAUCAACGGGCACGCUGUAUCUUGCACCGUCGUCACAUGACAGAAUCCUAUCAACAUUGUGAGUACGAGUACUCGAGGUCCUCUUGCGUCGACGCUGCCAUGAAUCUGCUCAGGCACCAGUCUCAAAUUUACAAGGAGGUUCAGGUGGGCGGUCGCCUGUACAAGGAGAAAUGGUUCCUAUCGUCCCUCGAGAACAACGACUUCCUGCUCGCCGCAAUGAUUGUCUGUCUCGAGCUUAUUUCUCAUCGUCAGCACUCUCCGGCCGAUGUGCAAAUGGUGAGUGGGAGUGCUGGAACAAUGAAUUAUACCCGUGACGAGAUGGCUGGUGCUCUGCAGAAGUCACGAAAUUUCUGGGAAGAGUUCGGAACGAGUUCUGCUGAAGCUCAGCAAGCUUCGACUGUGCUCGCAGUCAUGUUGGACAAGGUGUCAUCGAGCUCGGACAUGCAGCGCGUACAUGUUCCUGCAGCGCCACCAGAGUUGACCUCGGCAGGUACGGAUCUGAAUGAGAUCGGACAGAUGCUUAACAGCCCAAGUUUUGUCGAUUGGGUACGUACUUUGUCUGACCACGUUCGCGUUCGUUCCACCUCACUCAAUGAUGAACCAGAGUUAACCAUUUUCUAUGAGUGCAUACAGGACCUUUGGGACGCACACAUGCAGAACCCUGGGCCAAUAAUGGAGUUCCAAGAGAGAUGA